UAAGAGGACAUACCACGCUAAACCAUCGUAAAUUUGUUUUUUACUACAAAACUCACAAAACUCUAGGAAAUAGAGUGCACGAAAUCUUGCAUGACGCCAUUUGUUGGUAUGGCCUCUUAUUUACGACGUUUUUUAACCAAUCAGCGCGCGAGAAAAUUUACAAUUGUGGUAAAAAUAGAGCUAUAUGCGAGCAAACGUCUGAAUAUCUGCUGAAUUCCUGUAUUAUUUUCCCAUUUCAUAUAAAUUUUUAGCCCUUAUUAUAAGUAAUUAUGGAUUAUGCAAGCACUCUUCAGCAGUUUAAGUCGAUUGAAGAUUUUAGAAAGCUUAAAAUAGAUCGUUUGAAAGCCAUUUUAAGGGGACACAAUUUACCGAUCAGUGGCAAGAAAGAAGACUUGGCACUGCGCUGCUAUGUCAUCGUCGAAAGAGAUCAAAAAAAGGAUGACUUGAACAUUUCUAUUUCUAAAGAAAACCAGCAACCAUUGAAAUCUGAUUGCACGUACGAACAGAUAAUAAGGGACGCUACAGGAUGCAUUUGGAAGAAAGAUCUCCGUGAACUUCCCAUGUUUACAUUUGUGCAGCUGUAUGACUAUUUGGUGCUAAAAACGUCAAAAUAUAACAAUGCUGCUCUGACCAGUUGUGGCUAUAAAAAGCUAAAAGCUUUUCAAUUUUUUAAGGAAGGGCAUAUCAAGGACCUGCAGCUUUGUUUUAAAGGAGACUUGAUUUAUGUGAAAGCAGAGGUUCUUGCUUCGAUGAAAUCAGAAAAAUACAAGUCUGUUGUUGUCUUCGACCGAAGAACAAGCAAUAUUGUCAAAGCCGCUUGCAAGUGUCCAGCAGGAAGAGGAGAAAAUGGCUUGGGAAGAUGUAACCAUGUUGGUGGAGUCAUAUUUGCCAUUGAAGACUUCGCACGUUCUGGUCUGAGUAAGCAUAAACAGCCAAUUUCCUGCACCUCUCGCUUGUGUAACUGGAACGUUCCCAGGAAUAUGCAUGUGGACCCAAAACCAGUUGACAGGAUUCUUCUAAAGAAAAUAACCUAUGGAAAGAAAAGACCCUCAAGCCCAAAGAUCACUUCAUAUGACCCCCGCGCUCCUUCAGAUAGGUCCAUAAAUGUUGAAGCCUUGCRUAAACUAGGAGAACACUUGUCAACCUGUCUUGCAAGCAGUAGUUUUUUCCUCUUCCAUGACAUURAAUCAAAGGUAGUGCCAAACUGUAAGGAUGUGGAAAUAGAAAGCAUUUGUGAAACAGUACCAGAAUGUGCUGAGGUUUCUGCAGAAAGUAGUGAGGAAAAGCCUGUACCAUUCAAUGACUCUUAUGACAUUAACAGUAAACAGUUCAAAGAAAUGAUUGACUUACAUGUAAGUGCUCAGACAAUAACAGAUGAAGAAGUUUCCGAUUUGGAGUCAUUGACAAGGGGACAAAGUGAAAAUGAGGAAUGGCAUAAUCUCAAGAGAAUCAAACUUACAGCAUCCAAUUUCAAGAGUGCAGCAAUCAGGGUAAAAGAGCCUGAUGCCUUACUUAAGAGGAUAAUGUACCUUGAAAAUGACAGUACUACUAUUCCUUCAUUGGAGUAUGGUAGGACUCAUGAACAAGAGGCAGUUGACUGUUAUAUUGCUUAUAAAUGCAUGGCUGGGAAUAAUGGAUUGUGUGUUUGGGAAGUGGGAACUAUGAUAUCAAAACAAAGGCCUGGCUUCGGUGCAAGCUUGGAUAGAAUGGUUUAUGACCCAUUGGCAAGUACUAAGAAAGGAGGUUUGGAGGUGAAAUGCCCUUAUGCUAAAAGAGGAAUGACAGUAGAUGAAGCCUGUCAAGAUGAUAAAUUCUACCUCACUAUUCAUGAUAGUCAACCUGGGCUUAACAAGGGACAUGCAUAUUAUUAUCAAGUCCAAGGUCAGAUGUUUGUUUGCGAACUUGAUUGGGUUGACUUUGUAGUGUGGUUUGGAAAUGAUGUACUUUUUGUUGAAAGGAUCUCAUUUGACAGAGAUUGGUGGUUGAAAGAGGCCCUACCUGCUUUGGAUUAUUUUUAUACAAGUGCAUUUUAUCCAGAGGUUCUUACCAGAAGGGUAGAGAGAGGUGUCAGCCUCUACCUGCAUGGUGGUUGGUCAAGCUACAGAAAACUGAAGAAACCAGAUCGAGGACUUUAAUUGCAGUUAGGAAUGAUUCCUAGUCCUUAUUAUUUAAGAAUAUGACUUUAUUUUGAUAAUACUUUCACAUUGCAAGACGUCAUCAAUAAAUUUUUAUCAAUAUAUAAAUUAAAAUACUAAUAUAAUAGUCCACCAAGCAUGAGUGCCAAGAUUUCAGCUUGUUAUUUUUUUUAAAAUUUUUAACCAGAAAUUCCAUCAAUUUUUCUGACAAAUAUUUAAUAGAGUAAAGGCAAUAUUCACCUGGGAAACCAAAAAUGAUAUGCUAUGUUUGUGAUAGUUUAACAAACGCAUUCUUGAAAAUAGUAUAUCUAGUUACUUAGUCUAUAGUCAACUAAAGGAAAAUAAAACCUAUGAAAAGCUUCAUAAUUAUUAAAUACC